AUGAUGAACAACGAUAAAAAGCAAGCACCUAAGGGAAACUCUCCCAUCUACAGAAGCGUCAAAAUGGCGUCCAGCAGCAUGGCACCACUGCCAUCGGUGCUACGAUCGCCCUUUCAACAAGACUUGGGGAACGGCAAGCAACAACAACCGCAUCAACCCAUGCUGCGACACCAACAACAGCAACAGCAACAGCAGCAGCAAGAAUCAUCGAAGACGUCUUCCAGCGACCAUUCGAUUCCUUCGCUUUGCAGUCCGUUGCCUUGCGUUCCCGCCGAAUACAUGUUGGAACGCAAUCAGAUUCACAUUCAAAGCACGCCACCCACCGAAAUUGCCAAUCUGGUGGUGGAAUCUCUCCACGUACGAUCCUACACGAUUAGUGAAACCUCCAGCGAAAUCAAGAACGGCAUUCGGGCUGAGAGUGACAAGGGAUUGCUCUUUCGAGUCAAUUUCUUCAAGGACAAUUCCACGAAUGGAGUCUUGGUGGAAUUUCAACGAUUGGCAGGAUGCUCCUAUGAGUUUCAACGUGCCUUUCAAGCUGUCCAACGGCAUGUUACCUUGAGCAGUAAUACUACCUCUGCUGCUGCUGCAUCAUCAUCAUCAUCAUCAUCAUCAUCAUCACUGUUGCCAACAGAACCAGAAAGAGCAAACGUGAUUGCACCAGUCAUGCAAGAAUUGAAAUUCCCCACGUGUUGCAUUCCCCCACAAGACAUCAACCAACACAAUGCUACCGAGAAACUUCAAGAGACCUUUCACAUUGCCUUGGAUCUCAUGCAAUCGGAACGAAUCGAUUCUCAAUUGUUGGGUUUGGAAUGCAUGGAACCACUCUCCAUGAAACACGAGAUUUUACCAUUGCUCUUUGAACAAGAAUCAUCUUUGGAGGCACUGCUCAAGUUUUGCACGCCACCCAACGAAGCACUCUCUCAACUAGAACAACAACAAGAUUGUUUGCUCAAGAGACGAGCCCUUUCCAUUCUUGCCAAUGGCUUGGAAUUGGCCACCACACCCAACGUUAUGGACUCGACCGAUCAAGUCUUGCAAACCUUGCUCGAGUGUCUCUUUGCUUCGGCCAACAAGGAUGCUCAUCAAUCCUUUCAAGUGGCACGAUGCUUUAUUGAAUUGAGCAAAGAAGACGAAGCCUCUCAAGCCAUUUUGAAAGAGUCGCAAGUUUUGCAGAUUUUGACCCAGCAAAAACAUUUGGCAUUGGAACAAGAAUGUCAAAAAUUGCAACAAAUCUUGUCCGAUGAGAGUUGA